ACCCCAACAGGAGCUUUGCUUUUCUCUCUCACAAGAAGGGCCCGGAGGAAGAGCGCGUGAGCAGAGCCCAGCCAGCCCGCGGGGCUCCUUCUAGGAGGGGGUGGAUGGUUCUUCCUGCACUCGUCCCCUCCCCUGUGCGGUCCUGGUGGUCCAACCUGCCGUCGCUCCCAGCUAGUCCCGGGCUCCAGGGAGGGAGCGCGCGGCAGGCAGGAUUGAAUCGGAACCAAAAGCGAGCGGCUGGGCGGGCAGCCCCAGGGCCGGCCCUUUGCAAUCGUUCCCGCCGCCUCUCCGGCCUUCCAGAGGCAGCAGGGGUGACGGGCCCUCCUCGGAGGCGGGGGCGGGGGGGGGUGCUGGCUCAGCGCCCAAGCCUCCCGGGCCAAGGGGUGAGAGGGAAGCCCUUCCCCCACGGGAGGCUCCCUCCGUCCGCAUUAGCCUUCCCGGAGGGCGGAGGCCAAGCCGGGCCCUAUUUAGGCGGGGAGGCCAGGCCAGCCGGGCUCCAUCCCCGGACGCUCCCGGCCCCGCGCAGCCAUGGGCCUCGAGCUCUACCUGGACCUGAUCUCCCAGCCGUGCCGCGCCGUCUACCUGUUUGCCAAGGCGAAUGGGCUCCCCUUCGAGGUGCGGAGCGUAGAGCUGCUGAAGGGGCAGCACCUGCUGGAUGACUUCGCCAAAGUGAACAGCCUGAAGAGAGUGCCGGCCCUGAAGGACGGAGACUUUGCCUUGGCCGAGAGUGUGGCCAUCUUGCACUACUUGAGCCAGAAGUACAGCACCCCAGCUCACUGGUACCCUAAGGAGCUGCAGGCCCGGGCUCGGGUGGAAGAAUACCUCUCCUGGCAUGGCGACUCCAUCCGUGGCACCUUUGGCACAAUGCUGUGGAUUCGGGUGCUGGGCCCUCUCAUCGAUGUCCACAUCCCCAAGGAAAAAGCAGACAAGAAUAUGGCGGGCAUGGUCCAAGCCCUGCAGCAUCUGGAGCAGAAGUUCCUGCAGGACAAGCCCUUCCUCACAGGGGACAAGAUCUCCUUUGCAGAUCUGAUGGCUUUAGAGGAGCUGAUUCAGACUGUCUACUCUGGUUUUGAUGUCUUCGAGGGGCGGCCCAAGCUGGCUGCUUGGCGUGGGCGGGUAGAGGCCACCUUGGGGGAGAAGCUAUGCCAGGAGACCCGGGAAGCCCUCCACAAACUCUGUGCAGAGCCCAGAGCCUUCCAGGACAUCCCUUCAUUCAUGAAGGAGAGGAUGAAGCUUCGUCUUACAAGGAUUCCCUAAUGCAAGCAUCAUCUCAUUGCUCCUGUUCUGCCCUCUGAGGCCCAGGAGAACAAGUGUAAUUACUCUUCUACAAGACAGGCUCUCAAAUAUUUGAAGACAGAUUACUCAAGAAUAAUUCAACAUUUAUUAAUAGCAGCACCCACUAGCAACUGGAGGAACCAGGGAUAUUGAAAUCUAAUUCCCUUCUAAUUAAUCAGUGGUUUUGUUCUGCUAUUUUCCCAGACAUUUCUGAACAAGGCCAUGAGUACUGGGGCCAUCCUUCUUCCUCAUCAUAUUACUUCCAGAUCCUGGACCCUGAGCAUGGGACACUAGUGUCUGGUAGAUGACCUUUCUUCAUGUUUCCAUUCCACUUUCCAGCGAUUUCCAAUCUCUGUGACUCCAAAUGUGCCACCACCACUUCUCCUCAAGUGCUAGCUCCCUUUCCCCCAUGAGAAUAUAAGCUCUUUGAUGGAAGGGACUGACUUGUUUAUUUUUGUAUUCUGAGCCCUCAGACUAGUGCCUGUCCUAUUCAGUAAGGACUGAAUAAAUGCUUUUUCAUUCA